AGAAAAUGAACAUGGGCCCUUGAUAGAAUAGAAGAUCCUAUAUCCGAGGUUUCUUCCCUUCCUCACAAAAUCCCACCAACCUCUCUCCUUCCCUCUUCCCAUGUUUCUCCAUCUCUAUCUAUCAAUCUAUCAUCAUUCAUUUCUAACCUCUCCUAAACCUUCUCUUAACCAGCCUCCAAUGGCUGCUUCACCUCUUUUCUCCCCGACACCACCUUACUAAAUGCAAAGGGCAGGAUGGCCUUUCGGAGGAGCCCCUCUUCUUUCUCUCUCCUCGGCCUCCUGUCUCUCCUCCUCCUCCUCCUCCACCAACCCACCACCACCACCACCACCACCACUACCCCCCUCCUCCGCCUCCUCAAACCUUCCUCCUCCCCCGAUGAUGUCCCCGUGUUCCAUGAAGCCCCCGCCUUUCGCAACGGGGACUUGUGUGAAGCAAACUACAUCCAUGUUGCCAUGACCCUCGACGCCAACUACCUCCGUGGCACCAUUGCAGCCGUCUUCUCCAUCCUCCAACACUCCACCUGCCCCGAAAACAUCGUCUUCCACUUCCUCUGGUCUCACUUCGACCCUGAAAUCCACUCCAGCAUAAAAUCAACCUUCCCUUACCUCAACUUCAAGCUCUACCGCUUUCAAACCAAUCGUGUUCGCGACAAAAUCUCCAAAUCAAUCCGCCAAGCUCUCGACCAGCCUCUCAACUACGCGAGAAUCUACCUCGCCGACAUCAUCUCCAUUGAUGUCAAGCGAGUCAUCUACUUAGACUCCGAUUUAGUCAUGGUUGACGAUAUUUCUAAGCUAUGGGAAGUUGAAUUGGGUGACAAAGUUUUAGCUGCACCUGAAUAUUGCCAUGCUAAUUUCACCAAGUACUUCACCCAUGCCUUUUGGUCGGACGUGGAGUUGUCGGGAACAUUUGGGGACCGACAACCGUGUUAUUUCAACACGGGGGUUAUGGUUGUUGACGUCGAUAAAUGGAGAGAGGGGAAUUAUACGCGGAGGGUGGAGGAUUGGAUGGCGGUACAAAAGCAUAAGAGGAUUUACCAUUUGGGUUCUUUGCCUCCUUUUCUGCUUGUUUUGGCAGGAAACAUUAAGGGAAUUAAUCACAGAUGGAAUCAACAUGGUUUGGGUGGUGAUAAUAUUGAAGGUAAGUGUAGGAGUUUGCAUCCCGGGCCUAUUAGUCUGUUGCAUUGGAGCGGGAAAGGGAAGCCUUGGUUGAGAUUGGACUCGAGGAAGCCUUGUAAUGUCGAUCAUCUUUGGGCGCCUUAUGAUCUCUACCAUUCUUCUAAACAUACUUUUGAUGAGUAGAGUUGGAAAUGGGAGGUUUUGGAGGGUUUGGUUGAAGAGAAAAGAGAGGAUCUUGAGGGGGAGAGAGAUGGUUGUGUUUUUAAAUGGAGAGAAUGGAGGGAGAUUUAUUUUUAUUUUUGAAAUCAAGUUUUUGUUGUAUCGGCAUUGGUACAAUGAUGGUGUCAUUUGUGUAGAGUUAUGAAUUCAAUCAGAUUAUCCAUGUCCAUCUCUGAUUAAGGUAUCUAUAUAUACUAAUUGUCUUC